CUGAAAGCUGACACGCAUAGGGUUAAACCUAGUCCACUCCCAGUGUCCGGUUUUACAGUAGGCUGGCAGCUGUCCCAACUGCCUACCAAAGCCAAAUGCUUGAGGAGAGCAAGAGUAAGGAGCCAGCUAUGAAUCCUUUCCAGAAAAAUGAAUCCAAGGAAACUCUUUUUUCACCUGUCUCCACUGAAGAGGUACCAUCCCGACCCCUCAGCCUUCCAAAGACGCCACCUCCGAAAAUCUGUGGCUCCAACUAUCCACUGAGCAUUGCCUUCAUUGUGGUAAAUGAAUUCUGUGAGCGCUUUUCCUAUUAUGGCAUGAAAGCUGUGCUGACCCUGUAUUUCCUGUAUUUCCUGCACUGGAGCGAAGAUACUUCCACAUCUAUAUACCAUGCCUUCAGCAGCCUCUGUUAUUUCACUCCCAUCCUGGGAGCAGCCAUUGCUGACUCAUGGCUGGGAAAAUUCAAGACAAUCAUCUACCUCUCCUUGGUGUAUGUGCUUGGCCAUGUGGUCAAGUCCUUGGGUGCCUUACCAAUAAUAGGUGGACAAACAGUACACACAGUCCUAUCAUUGGUUGGCCUGAGUCUAAUAGCUUUGGGAACAGGAGGUAUCAAGCCCUGCGUGGCAGCUUUUGGUGGAGACCAGUUUGAAGAAAAACAUGCAGAGGAACGGACUAGAUACUUCUCAGUCUUCUACCUCUCCAUCAAUGCAGGGAGCUUGAUUUCUACAUUUAUCACACCCAUGCUGAGAGGAGAUGUGCAGUGUUUUGGGGAAGACUGCUAUGCAUUGGCUUUUGGCGUUCCAGGAUUACUUAUGGUGAUAGCUCUUGUUGUGUUUACAAUGGGAAGCAAAAUAUACAGAAAACCACCUCCUGAAGGAAACAUAGUGACUCAAGUUGUCAAAUGUAUCUGGUUUGCUAUUUCCAACCGUUUCAACAACCGCUCUGGGGAUAUUCCAAAGCGACAACACUGGCUGGACUGGGCAGCUGAGAAAUACCCUAAGCAGCUCAUUAUGGAUGUGAAGGCACUGACCAGGGUACUAUUCCUUUAUAUCCCAUUGCCUAUGUUCUGGGCUCUUCUGGAUCAGCAGGGUUCACGAUGGACGUUGCAAGCCACCAGGAUGAAUGGGAAUUUGGGUUUUUUUGUGCUCCAGCCGGACCAGAUGCAGGUACUAAAUCCUCUUCUGGUUCUUAUCUUCAUCCCGCUGUUUGACCUUGUCAUUUAUCGUCUGGUUUCCAAAUGUGGAAUUAGCUUCUCAUCGCUUAGGAAAAUGGCUGUUGGUAUGAUCCUAGCAAGUUUGGCAUUUGCAGUUGCAGCGGCUGUAGAGAUAAAAAUUAAUAAAAUGACGCCACCGCAGCCUGGUCCCAAAGAGAUUUUCCUGCAAGCCUUGAAUCUGGCAGAUGAGGAAGUAAAGGUGACAGUACUGGGAGAUGAAAACAAUAUUCUGUUGGAAGAGUCCAUCAGAUCCUUUCAGAAGAUGCCACACUAUGCCCAGCUCCACCUAAAGACAAGAAGCCAGGAUUUCCACUUCUACCUAAAAUAUCACAAUAUGUCUGUCUAUACUAAGCAUUCUGUGGAGGAGAAGAACUGGUACAGUCUGAUCAUUCGAGAAGAUGGAAAAAAUAUUUAUAGCAUGAUGGUGAAGGAUGAAGAAAACAAAACAACCAGUGGGAUGACAGCCUUAAGGUUUGUUAAUACUUUACAUAAGGAGAUCAACAUCUCCCUGGGUACAGAUGUCUCCCUCAGUGUUGGUGAAGACUAUGGUGUGUCUGCUUACACAACUGUACAAAGUGGAGAAUACCCUGUGGUACAUUGUAGAACAGAAGAUAAGGACUUUUCACUGAAUAUGGGUCUACUAGAGUCUGGUGCAGCAUAUCUGUUUGUUAUUAUUAAUAGUACCAACCAGGAUCCUCAGGCCUGGAAGAUGGAAGACAUUCCAGCCAACAAACUGUCCAUUGCAUGGCAGCUACCACAAUAUGCCCUGGUUACAGCUGGGGAGGUCAUGUUCUCUGUCACAGGACUUGAGUUUUCUUAUUCCCAGGCUCCCUCUAGCAUGAAAUCUGUACUACAGGCAGCCUGGUUGUUGACAGUUGCAGUUGGGAAUAUUAUCGUGCUUGUUGUGGCACAGUUCAGUGGCCUGGUACAGUGGGCUGAAUUCAUUUUGUUCUCCUGUCUCCUGCUGGUCGUCUGCCUGGUCUUCUCCAUCAUGGGCUACUACUAUGUUCCUAUACAGCCGCAGGAUUUACAGGAGCCAGCAGAUAAGCAGAUUCCCCACAUCCAAGGGAAUAUAAUCAACUUGGAGACCAAGAAGACAAAACUAUAAUAGCUCCCUGGACUCUUCCAAAACCCCAGUUCCUGGCUUUGGUCUUGGUCAUCACCCAUCCUAAGGCAUUUUUUUCUCCUACUUGGUUAGGGAAGAGAAGUAGCAUCAUAUCUGAGCCGAUCUCCCCCACUUUUCUCUCAUGAUAGAGGCAGUUCUAGGCCUGGAUAUUCCAGUACAUUAAUAAGCAAGUCCCCUGAGACUCUAUGUCUUCCCAACAAUUACUAAACUCUGCAAAUGUUGUGUAGUAUUGCUGAAGCAGGCCUAGCAUCUCUAAAUGGCCAUUAAAAACACAAAAAGUAAAAUUGAAAUUAGUCUCUGGGGUUAUGCAAAGUUAUGUGGGAAUCCCUUUACUUGCCAUUUAGAACUAAUGAGUCCACUUUUUGAGGGGUUUAGGGGAAAAAUUGCAGAAUAACAGAAAUGGUUUCUUCAUAAAUAACAUAUUUGUAUUAUUCACUAGGACCUCAAGAAUUGGUAUGUAUGACGUGAUCUGGUUCAGAGCCUGGCCUGUCAGCUAUAUACGUUUCAUAAAACCAUAGAAAUUUUUUCAGUACUGAUGGUAGAAAACAAAUGACAUUUUAUUAAUACACAGAAGAAAUAUAUCUUUCUGAUAAUUACAGUAUUUUAUCUACUAACCCAACACCCCUUUCUUCACACUGAUAGAUCUUUGGAAACCAAAUUAAAUGUAGUAUGCAUGGUUCUGGAAAACAAAAACAGGUAUAAGUUGUAGAAAUCUUGUUGAGUCUUCUUUAGUGCACAUUCUUCUUAGGGACUACAGUGUUUCAGCUGGAUUAUGCCUUCCUGUGGACAGUUGUAUGGACACUAAUUAUAAUUUGCCAGCCAUGCCUUUUCAAUGUUGUUGGGCCAGCCUUUUCUAAUUAUGACAUCAUUUCCUACUUAUUGUAACUGAUAUUUAAUAACAACAAUAUUUUUAUGAAUCCAA